AUGCUGGCGGCGUUGGGCGUAUUUGUGCUAAGUAUGGUUUUUGCACCCUGUGUGACGUACAGCGAGUGGUACAUCGAUGAGCUUUUUGCAGCAGUACGCAACGCGGAUGCCAGGGGUGACACACCUUUGCGAGAGCUUCUGCGGCAUGACUUUUGGGGGAACUCCCUCGCCAGCGGUUGGACUCACAAGUCCUACCGCCCACUGGUGGUUUUGUCCUACGUAGGGCAAUAUUGGAUGAACUCGUGGAACUUCAGGCCACAGCCGUUGCGCACAUUUAAUGUAGCCUUGCAUUCAGCAAAUAGCUUGCUGCUGCUUCUUUUGAUGCGCCAGCGGAAGAUGUCAACCCGCUUUUCUUUCUUAGCCGCUGGGUGCUUUGCUGUUCACCCGGUCCAUGCUGAGAAUGCUAUCUACUUGGUCGGAAGGGCAGAUUCGAUGGCCACAUUCUGCUGGCUUUUGGCCUGCUUGGUCUGGAUGCCAGGAAGCUCGAAGCCGGCCUUUGGCAGACUUGCCCGAACCUGCCUGGUUGCUGUACUUGCUGUACUGGGCGGCUUUUGCAAAGAAAGCGGUUUUUGUGUGUUGCUGCAGUUGGCUUCAGUUGAGUUGUUGGGUAAGCAUCCAUUCAGAUCUUUACCUUUCAUGUUGAUCUUUGUCACGGCUUUUGCUGGCAGAAGCUGGAUCACCCAGGGCACCAGCGCAGGGUUUUCCUUUGUCGACACCCCAGUGCAAUACCGCUCGGACCCAUGGCUGAGGCUGGCCACGUACAUGUAUUUUCAUGCCAAGUAUGCACAGCUCAUGGUGUGGCCCUGGACGCUUUCGUGGGACUAUUCAUACAAUGCUCUGCCGGACUUGUCAACUACUUGGCAAGACCUAAGGGUUUUGGCCAUCCUGGUGGCAUACUUGAGUGUUUGUGCCUUGGCUUCAUGGGCUUUUUCCAAACGAGCACGAGCUGUUCUGAUCGGCCUUUGCAAUGUUAUCAUUCCCUUUGUGCCGGCUUCCAACUUGUUUUUCUUGGUCGGAGUCACAGUUGGCGAGCGACUACUGUACCCAUGCAAUGUUGGAGCUGCUCUUGUCCUCGCAGCUCUUGGAACAAUGCUUCCCAAGGGGUCCACCGGCUGCAAGUUUCUCACGGCUCCCGUGGUGGUGUGCAUCCUUGCAGUCUUCACAUGGCUAGGUGCUGUGCGCACACAACAGUGGUCUUCACGAGAGCUUCUUUUUGGCACCGAUGCGGAGAGUUAUCCACAAUCCACCAAGACGCGCCACCAGUUUGGGACGGUCCUGCACAAGAUGGAGCGUUACUCGGAAGCCUUGCACCACUUUGAAGCUGCGGAGGCGAUCUUUGAUGGUACGGGGCUGACUCAGUAUUGCAUUGGUCAGAUUUUGCUUGAAACUGGGCGUGCUGACGAAGCUGAAGCCAAAUUUUCGAAGAUCCUGUCAGGGCAUGCUUUAGGCUUUGGCUCUCACAACCUCUGGUCACUCUAUAUUGACUAUGGAUUCUCCCUGGUUCUUCUUCAGCGCUUCGAGGAUGCCAUACAACCUAUCAAGGAAGGCUUGAAGCGAAACGAGGAUGUUCCCUAUGGCCUCAAUGCUUUAGGCUACGCCUACAUGAAUCUCGGUAUGAAGGAGGAAGGGAGGGCAGCCUUCCAACUUGCAAUGAAAUAUGACCCGCAGAAUGCAUACCUCGAGAACAAUAUCGGCGUUGCCAAACUACUCUCAGGUGUGGCCUUCAUAUGCUUUCAACGAAGGGGCGCUGUUUCACUUUUGAUGAGAGUGCCCGCCCCGGUGGUUUGUCGCCAACAUUUUCAGAGAGAGGAAGAGGGAGAGCGUGCUUUGCUGCAGGUGGAGAUGGAUAUGCUCGUGGCGAAGGCUGAUGGCUCUGGCUUCUUGACGCUCUACGAGGUCGACCCGAAGUGUGCCGACUUGUGGGCCGCCUUCCGAGCUUGGUGUGCCGAAACCUUUCAGACCACUGAUGAGAUGGUGUCGCAGUUGCGCGGAAGCUUGGUGGAGUUGGGACCUCCGGAAGGAGAGAGGAAGCCUCCCAGAAAGCAAAAGAGUGCGGUGCCGCCAGUGGAGUUCACCUUUAUCCGGGAGCAAUUUAUGGAGAAUGCUCCAAGGCAUGGCUGGUUUGGUGGCUUCGAAGAUACCAUCUUUUCUUGUCUGGAUCGAAAGCAAUCCGGGUAUGUGACAAACAAUGACCUCAUGUGGUUUGAGAAGGCGGGUGAGACGUUGUUGCCAUGUGGCUGCUGCGACUGCAUCUUGACCUUUCCCGUCCUCCGUGAGGCCAGAUCACAACACAACAGGAGGAUGCAGCUCAGACCCACUGGCAGUCGGGCCGUCAUGAACACAACAGGGCCAGCAGUGAAAAAGAACCCCAUGCAAGCCUUGUUGGCUUUCAUGAGCUUUUUGAGAAGCAGCAGCUUGGGAGGAAACCUUAUGCAGACCUGGCGCACAUUGCUAGAUCCGGAUGGGUGCCUCUCUGUCCAGCGGUCUGACAUUGAAAGGGCAGCUACACAAGUGGGAUGGCGUGGGGACGUGUCAUCUCUUUGGAGCGCACUAGAUGCACCAGGUGGUCGCGCUGCUUUAGAGGAGUUUGGCUUCAAAGAGGCUCGCGCAUUGGCGCUGUUUCAUGCCUGGGCAGCGGCAUUGGGUGGAGUAAAAGAGGCCUGGUCAAGACUCUUGGGAGUUGAGAGGGGGUACCAGAGAAAGCGACGAGCGUCCGCCAUGGUGGUGCAGCCACUAGCACCGCAAGCCGCUUCUGCUUCACUGGAUCGACCAGCCUUUGUCUUUGCCUUGACACGUGUGCAUGCGAAGCAUGUGCAGCCAGUGGAUGAGACGAGCUUUAGCAAUUAUUUGUUUUCAAUCCUGGACUGGGAACCCCAUGGAAAGCUCUCUUACAAGGACGUGCGUUUUUUGGAAUCGUGGGAGCCUGUGAAAUGGUUGUCCGAGAAGGCAGGUCUCAACGAAGCUGAGUCGUUCAAGGAAACCGUCCUGUCCAAGUAUGGGAACCACCCAGUGAAGGCAUGGAGAUUGUGUUUGGAUCUGGAUGCCACUGGAAUUUGUAGGUGGACUGCCUUCAACCAAGCAGCUGAACGAAUUCAGUGGAAGGGUGAUUGUGCCAAAGCCUGGCUGGGUUUGGACAAGCAGAGCUUAGGCUUCAUCACUCUUCACAACAUAGAUGCCGAAGUGGCGGAAAAUUUGGCUCUCUUUCGAAGAUGGUGCUUUGCCACCUACGGUGGAGUUGCCAUUGCUUUUCAUGCCUUGGACUCUGACGGCUCGGGCUCGUUCAGCGAAGAGGAGUUUGUCUCGGUGAUCGAACACUCCACCUUCAAAGGGGAUGCCCACGCCGCUUGGCGGUCCUUGAACUUGGAGGGUAGUGACAUUUUAUCGGAACGGGAAAUGGACUUUCUGGAUGAUAUGGAGCUGGACAUGCUCGCGGCCUAUGUUUCGGCCACGGAAGCCGCGGAGGAAAGCGAGAAGCAAAAACACCACGUGGAAGUGGAUCUUCAUCGUCGAAACUCGGUGGUGGGUGCAGAUUUGCGAAACCAAACCUCCAUGCUCACGCUGGAGCAGCAAGGUGAUGACAAAGCACAGCUGCUUCUGACGACACCCGAGUCCCGCGUGGAACUGUUGGACAUGGUCGGAUUGGAGAAUUCGCUUUCGGAGAGCCAAAGUCUCUCUUCCUUUGUGCUUCCCCGACUUGACCUGAAGUCCACAGAUCCCAUGUCUAUAUCUCUUGGUGCUGCAUCCGCUGGCACUGCUGGCCGCAAGCAUGCUUCCAUUGACUCGUCCAGUAGAUCCACCAUGUGGGUUGAGUCCAGCAAGAAGUUGUAUGCCGGGGGGAUCCCAUAUAUGUGA